GCUGAGCAGAGCCGAGGGGCACCGGUCCUGGGUCCAGGCGAGCCUCAGAAGGAGCACAGCGAGCAUGUCGGAGCAUACUGUGGAUACACGGCCCAUCCCGCGGGGCAGCACGGCCUGCCGCCGCCUCUUCGGCCCCGUGGACAGUGAGCAGCUGCGCCGGGACUGCGACGCCCUCAUGGCCAGCUGUGUGCAGGAGGCCCGCGAGCGGUGGAACUUCGACUUCGUGACCGAGACACCGCUGGAGGGCGACUUCGCCUGGGAGCGUGUGCGUGGCCUUGGCCUGCCCAAGGCCUGCCUGGCGCGCCUCGAUGACCUGGACGGGGGCAGGCGGCCUGGGCCCUCUGUCCUGCUGCAGGGCGCGGCCCAGGAGGACCACGUGGACCUGUCGCUGUCCUGUACCAUCCGGCCUCCCUCCCCCGAGCAGCCCGAGGGGUCCCCAGGUGUUCCCGGCACCUCUCAGGGCCGGAAACGGCGGCAGACCAGCAUGACAGAUUUCUACCACUCGAAACGCCGACGGAUCUUCUCCAAGAGGAAGCCGUAACCUGCCUGGGAGUCCCCAGGCUCCUGGAACAAGGGGCCCCCCACCACGGGCUCUGUCACAGCUUCUGCUCAGCCCUUCAGUUCGUGCAUCUUAAUUAUUAUUUGUGUUUUAAUUUAAACUCGUCUUGUACAUACCCGGCUUGCUGCCCCCAUAACCCCCCCCCCCCCUUAGCAUUAUUUAAAAGAACACACACCCUUUAGCCGGCCCUCAUUAGAGUGUAGGUGUUUUUGUUAUGCAAAUAUUAUUUAAAACCUCCCCUUGUUCCCUCUCCCGGGCUGCGGCCCCUCCCCCGGUGGUGCUCUCUGUGGGGGGACCCUUUCCUGCAUUCUCCAGGAAUCGCGAUAAUUUGAGAAGUAAACAUUAGCACUUUCCAGGUACCUUCCGGGCUGAAGUCCCGUCUGGCAGGUGACCAGGACUCAGGCGCAGCCUGGCACCCCUGUCUGAGAAGGCCCAGGGCAGUGGGGUCCCGUAACAACAAACACCCUCCUCCCUAGGACCCCGCCCCUGACUUUUCGAGGUGCUCCAGCUGGGCCCUCAACUCUCCCUCUGCUCCGUCCCUCCCCCCAGCCCCGGGUGCCCGUCUCCCCAACUCUGUAGUAGGCUAGGACGGGAAGAGGAGGGGGUGGGUGCGCGGGGAGUCGGAGCCCCUGCACUGGGCUCUGUGUGUGGGGGGAGUUAGGAAGGGGCAGAAGCAGAACUAUCUAGGAGGGAGAGUGUGACAACAGCCCCUGGACCUCCAAGGACAUCCCCCUCCCCCGUCCCCCCCCCCCCCCCAUUUCAUUGCACUUUGAAUAGCAACUGAACAAGGAGUCAGGUGUGACAGCGAGGAGCUGAGGGCCGCGCACUGAGCACUGGGCAGGCGAGUCUGGGCCUGGGAGGCCCGAGUUCUUUCAUGGGGCAGAACAUGGAGCCCCGGAGGCCCCAAAAUGAUGCUUUCCAGUUCCUGUACCAGCCUGGCCGGACUGUUUCCCCUGGUUCCCGCGUGUCCAGGCUCUCCCAUCUCUACCUAGACUGUAAGCCUCUAAGGGCAGGACAUACAUACUCCCAGCUGCUCUGUGUCCUGAAAGUUCCUCCCACAGUGCUGGGUAUACAGCAGGUGCUCAAUAAAUGUGUCCUGAUGACUUAUAAUACUG